AUGCUUCUUACAUCCAUCCUCGCCUUGGGGUCCGCCUCCCUAGUCGCCAGCCUCCCGCUGGAAGCUGCAGCCGUGCCACAAGGUCUCCGAGUCGUUGGAGCUUCGGUGUUGGGCAGUGGGUGCCCUUACGGCACUGCUGAUGUCCGAGCCGACGCAUCAAACACGGCUAUGUACAUCCCCAAGGUAGACCACCUCGUCUCCAGGGCUGACCUUUUCUUUCUACACAGAUUCUCCACGAUCAACGCCAACAUGAAGGGCUACGCUUUCUUGCCAGCCGGGACCGAGGGACAGUGCGAUAACACCUUCUCCUUCACUGGCGCCUCAGGCGAAGUCAACUAUGGCAUUGACUUGAAAGGGGCGCGGGAGGGGGCCUUCUCGCUCUCGGCCAACCCCAAUGUGGUGUCUUGGUCCCCUUGCGGCGGCUCCACGGCCAUUCUGAACAUGAACACACAAUGCUUCAUCUCACCUACGGACGACCGAGCACUUAUUGCGGUAGGUGGAAAGCAAUUCCGGCGCCAUGAGAGACAACCUAAUGCUGAUAAAAUGGAUAGGUCGACCGCGUCAGCAGCAAGCUCACCGUCCGUGUUGCCCUUGAUUGGAGGAGGUGUUAGAUUCCCCGUUGUUAAGAGUUUGGAUCGAGUUGCCAUGGAGCAUGGACAUGAGGCGCCCACUGCCCACUUGUAUUCCGGACAUACGCGGAUUUGUCGUGGCAAGGGUUUGGCUGGACAAGGAUGGCCGACAAGGGUGACGGGCCCGUGGAAAUCGAGCAAAAGUCAAAACGGUGGGUCUUCGCCGGAAAGACUCAGCUCUGAUUCGACACGGAUUCAACACGACGAUACGCGUAUAGAAAUCCCCGCCCCUGGAUUCCUCCUGGGCGAGCACAACCCAAGCCCGUCCUCAACACUGCCCGCCCUGGUGGCUCAGCGAGAAGACUCGCCCUAA